CAAAACGGAUCAAAUACAAUUUAGCAGAAGCAGCAGCAGCAGGCAGCGCAGCAGCAGAAACUGGCAGAGUCAGAAAACGCAGCAGCAGCAGCGCCAAACUCCAACAACAAAAUGAGUUGGGGUACUGAGUUAUGGGAUCAGUACGAUAAUCUGUCAAUUCACACAAACAAAGGCAUUGAAGUGCUCGAUAAAUAUGCCAAUUUCUUACGCGAUCGAGUAGCCAUAGAAACGGAAUAUGCCGGCAAAUUGAGGCGCUUAGUGAAAAAUUAUCAGCCCAAAAGGAAGGAGGAGGAAGACAAUGAAUUUACAUCGAGGCAAGCUUUCCGCAAUCUCCUCAAGGAGGUGGGCGAUCUGGCGGGACAGCGUGAGGUUGUGUCCGAGACCCUACAGCAACAGAUAAUUCAGAGUGUGGCAUUGCUGUCGAAAACAUUGCGAGAGGACCGCAAGAAAUGCCUUACGGAUGGCACCGUGCUGCAACAGUGCCUCAGCGCACAGCUGUCGUCAUUGGAGCGCGCCAAGCGCAAUUAUGACAAGGCCUAUCGAGAUUCGGACAAGGCCGUUGAAAACUACAAGAAGGCUGACAUGGAUCUCAAUCUGAGUCGCGCCGAGGUGGAGCGUUACAAGAACAUUAUGACAUCGAAAAAUCAACAGUCCGAUGACGCAAAGAACGAGUACGCCAAUCAGCUGCAGAAGACAAACAAUUUACAGCAGCAUCACUAUAGUAUGCUGUUACCCGCCGUCUUCAAUCGGCUGCAGGAGCUAGACGAGAAGCGUACGCUUGGCAUACGCGAGUUCAUCAUUGGUGCCGCCGAUGUCGAGUCCUCGGUGGCGCCCAUAAUUGCGCGCUGCAUGGAAGGCAUUGUCAAGGCCGGCGAGUCCAUCAACGAGAAGGAAGACUCACUAAAAGUCAUCGAAAGAUAUCAAUCGGGCUUCACACCACCGACGGACAUACCAUUUGAGGAUCUGUCAAAGAUGGAUCUCAGCAAUGUCAGCAACUACAGUCACUCGACCAUCAAGGGCACGAUCUCGGUCAGAAGAAAGGGAGUACGCAACAACAUCUUGCAGAGCAUCUUUGGCAGCAACAAGCAACGGCAGAUAAUUGAAGCCUGUAUCACGAUGAAGAAUUCACUAACUGCGGACGGACAAAAGGAGGACUUCAGCGAUCUGCCACCGAAUCAGCAGCGCAAGAAGUUGGUAGCAAAAAUAGCCGAGCUGCAGCAAAGGGUCGAUCAGGAGACGAACACUCGGGAUGGCCUGAUGAAGAUGAAAAUUGUAUAUGAGGCGAACUCAUCGCUUGGAAAUCCCAUGACUGUUGAGGGACAACUGAACGAAUCCGAGCAUGAAUUGGAAAAACUUAAAAGGGAUUUGAAAAAGUUUCAGGACAUUUUGGACAAGGCUAAUCAGCUGCAGGUGGCCAACAAUAGUCCUCAAUCGCAUCGCAAUCAACUGCAAAACGGACACCGAACAUCCAGACAUUCCAAUGGCAGCGCUAGCGCUGACGAUCAUCACGAUGCUGAUGAUCAGCCCGAUGACGCUGGCAGCUUAAGCAGGUCAGAUUCUGAGGAUAAUGUGGCGCAAAUACAAAAUGGGCAUAAUAAUAACAAUAACGGCAGUUCGGCAAGUCCUGAAAGCGGCCUAGGCACAUCGCACACUUCACUGCCCGGCUCCGGGCAGGGCAGCGCCAAUGAAAAUGCCAUCGGCGAAGAGACGUGCUAUGAAACGGAAGUGGAGCUGCUACAACCACUGGGCACAUGUCGUGCGCUGUACCCCUUCGAAGCUUCCAGCGAAGGCAGCAUACCCAUGAGUGAGGGAGAGGAGCUGCAGGUGAUUGAGAAUGAUCAGGGUGAUGGAUGGACGCGUGUGCGGCGGGCGAACAACUCAAAUGGCUGGGACGAGGGAUUUGUGCCCACGAGUUACAUCGAGUGCACACUCUUUGCUUAGAAUAUUGUUGGCACUAGUGGGCAGUUUUAAAUGUUAACUACUUAACAGCAUUUGCAUAUGUUCCAUACAUUUGUGUACUUUUGUCAUAACUUUGCGUUAUUUUGGAAAGCCAUAGAAUACCAGAAUACAUCAACUAUCACGAGAACAUACAUUUACGCACAAACAUGUAAAUUUGUCUUAAGAUAAGCUAAUCAUUUUAUUUUCUAUUCACAUUUUUGUAUGUUGACUUUGAUUUUGAAAUUGCAUCGAUUAUGAGUAGUAAAGUAGUAGAGAUAUCAUAUUAUACAAUACGAUCGAUCACUAAACGUAGUUAUCAAUACUUGCAUACAUACAUACAUAAAUGCACCCCACGAGCAGACCUCACCUAAUUGUAAGCAAACGCACCGCAACGUUUCCCCUUUCACAAUCGAACUACAAGUAUAACAAUCAUGUAUUAACUAUUUAUAUAUACAUACAUAAAAUGUAAUUUAUAUGGCACUUAAAAUGAGUAAAAGAAAAAUACACAUUUUUCAUAUUGCAUCAUCGUGAAAAAUUAGCUGGUAAACAUAUUGAAAGCCCUUAACGCUGAAUGCACUUUGCAAUAUGCUUACUAGAUCUAUUUUUUAUAAUCACAUUUCAAAUAAUUAAUAGCACCUGCUACUUUUCGAGUUGACCAAGAAAAGCGACAGUAAUUGUGGCUAUUAAAUGAAAAGAGGAAAUGAAGGAGAAAACAAGAUAACCUAAAGCACCUAAAAUCAUUGAAAAAUAAUAAUAUAUUUAGCGCAAAAAUGAAGAAAUUUACAUCCAUGGACCACAAUUCCGUAAGAUUCGAAGAAAAUAUUUCAACGUUUUAAUAAUAUAGCAAAAGUUAUGACAAUUAUGCAUUUAGCAUGAGGCAUAUGCGAAUUGGAAAGCAAAGAACGCGCUAGCUUGUUAUAUAUGGAAUAGCAACAAUUGUACAUUUUACUUUACGCAUUAUGCAUAAAACAAAACAAACUUAAUUAUAAUUUUAUACCUAAAUAACGUUUGUAUUGCUUUUUGUCUUGUAUAUUUUCAAACACACACAGAUAUACAUAUACACUUACACAAAAAAACACACACACGUACAUAUAUGUUUAAACUAUGAGAUACAGAGAAUGAAUUAAAGUCGAAAUUAAUUUUGUUUUAGGGCCCAUUUAGUUAUUUAAGUUGACAACACUUAAGGCUUAAGUCAAAUGCAAAGCCGGGCGGCGCUACCUUCUGUUAUAUUGAACGCCACUUUGCAAUACAUUUAUUUAUACUAUAUAUAUUAUACGAGUAUAUACGAUAUGCGUACAUAUACAAAAAAAAAAAAAACAUAAAGAAAAGCAAGCAUAAGCAUUAUUAUCGGAAAUCAAAAAAAUAUAUACGUCUGCGGCAAAGUUAACAUUUAGCAGGCCUGUAAUUUCUUCUUUUUUUUGUCAUUUUUCUUUUUUAUUUCUCUGCCAAUCUCAUUUUCCGUCUGUUGUUUUCAGUCUGACUCGCUCGAUAAGCUGCAUACCUAAACAGGUUGUAAAUAUGUCACAGCUUUCAUUGAGUAACCUACCAAAACUAUCUUUAUAAUAUAUAAUUUGGAUUGCUUUAGCAUUUAAGUGUGCAUAUACUGGAUAUAUAUUUGUGUGGCUUUUAUGUUUAAAUAAACUGUAAACGAAUAGUAAACACGAAAAAGAUACUGAACUACAUGCGAGCGCAAAGAUAACAAAUAAUUCCAAAAUUCUUAAAUUUAUAUAAUUUAUAUUGAAACUACUACAUACACUUGACGAUAAAUAAGCAAAUGUUUUACAUGAAAUGGAAGCAGAAAGAAAUGUAUGUGACAAACGGUGUCAUAUGUGAGAGUGGUUCAAUCUUUGAGUGAACAUGACAACAUAUGUAAUAAACAAUAAUAAAGAAAGUAAAUAUUAAAACUAAAUAACCAAA